AUGUCCAAUAUCUACACGAAACUGCUCUUUGGUGUACGCCACCCACACGAUCAUGCAACGCGGGCCAAACUGGACGAAUGCUUUCUGAACGCCGAUGCUGCCCUCACCAGAGGAUCUGUUACUGUGUUUCUGCCUCUGUGGCUCUAUGCAAUGGCAGGAGCUGUUUCCUUCACUAGAAUUGGGGCUUUCAUGAGCGCCUUCCGUGGACUCAUAAACUUUUUAGCUCCUCAAAUUGCAACGCACCAAAUGGCCAAGAAACCGAAUUUCGGAAGUGACUUCAUCGAUGCUUACUUGAGGCAUGCAUUUCUUUCUCGAGACGAUCCGAAGAGUAAUAUCAAAUUGCGAUACCUUCCGGGCAAUAUUCUGAGCUUCUGGGUGGCCGGAACGAACGCCAUUAAUCGCAGCGUCAUCUGGCACAUGCUGAAUUGUGCUGACAAGCCGGGCACAGUGCAGAAGGCAAUUCAAGACGAGAUUGACGAAGUCGUCGGACGUGAACGCCAACCGGCAUGGAACGACCGCUACAGAAUGGUUUACACGAUGGCCGCGAUCUGGGAGAUGCUGCGGUGGAGGCCAAUAUCUCCGAUGGGGCUGCCAAGAGGGACCAGUGAGGACGUUAUCAUCGGAGGCCUCACAAUUCCUGAAGGCACAAUUGUCAUGGCGAAUUUGUGGGCUGUCAACAUGGAUUCAUCCCUUUGGGUCCACCCGGAGAAGUUUGACCCGUACAGGUUCAUAGAAGAAGGCCGUGCGAAGCUGAAACCAAAACCAGAAUAUUUUAUACCAUUUUCUCUCGGCAAACGAAUGUGCCCUGCUGAAGCCGUGUCGCCAGUGGAAGUUUUCUUGUACCUCACCGGUAUCCUGCAGCAGUUUACUGUACUUCCUGAAGAAGGAGCAGCUAUUGAUUUGUCCAUGGACUGCGUUACAUUCAAUUUAGCAAAGCCGCAAAAGCUACGCUUUCUUCCCCGUGAACAGGUUAAUUACUAG